CGCCGGUCGCGUUCAGGAGCUGACGCGUACUGAAAAUAAUUAAACAAUUUACGUGAGUGAAGUGAAUUGGUUUUUCAUUUCAAUACAGGAAUUGAAGAAAAACACUUGUAAAUUGUGACCAAAUCAUAAUGUCAAACUGUCAACUAACGAAUGAGAACUAUGACAUAUAAAAUGUAGUGUAGAUAUAUAGUGUGUGAUGAAAAAUGACGUCAUAUGAAGUAAAUGACACAGUGUUGUGGGCGUAUGAUGAAGGAUUCCCACUUCUGAUGCCUCGCUGGGGAUAUGUUGCAUCUGCGUUUGUGCUGUUUCUUAUCGGAUUUUUCGGAUUCUUUCUGAAUCUGAUGGUGAUUUUGCUGAUGUUCAAGGAUCGACAGUUAUGGACACCAUUGAACAUCAUUCUCUUCAACUUGGUGUGUUCGGAUUUCUCUGUGUCAGUGCUGGGGAAUCCUCUCACCUUAAUUUCUGCGCUUUUCCACCGCUGGGUUUUCGGGAAGACUAUGUGUGUGCUCUAUGGAUUCUUCAUGGCUCUAUUAGGAAUUACAUCAAUCACGACUCUCACGGUUAUUUCCUUUGAACGUUACUUGAUGGUGACGCGGCCUCUUCGUACAAGGCACCUCAGUUCAAAGAGUGCCGCUUUCUCUGUGAUCUUCAUAUGGAUGUACUCUCUGGCACUUACCACGCCGCCUUUAUUGGGAUGGGGGAACUACGUGAACGAAGCUGCAAAUAUCAGCUGCUCCGUGAACUGGCACGAGCAAUCAAUGAACACACUCACAUACAUACUGUUCCUGUUCGCAAUGGGCCAGAUCGUACCGUUGUCUGUCAUCACCUUUAGCUACGUCAACAUCAUCAGGACAAUGAAGAGGAAUUCGCAAAGACUCGGUCGAGUUCGCGUGAGUCGCGCCGAAUCACGGGCGACCGCAAUGGUUUUCAUAAUGAUCAUCUCAUUCACUGUUGCUUGGACACCGUAUUCACUAUUUGCUCUUAUGGAGCAAUUCGCCUCGGAAGGCAUUAUUUCUCCCGGGGCUGGAGUGAUUCCAGCACUAGUAGCCAAGAGCUCUAUCUGUUACGACCCCCUCAUAUACGUCGGCAUGAAUACUCAAUUUCGGCAAUCAAUCAAGAGAAUAUUUGGCGUUCAUUCAAAAUGUCAAUCUCCAGCCACCAAAGGAUACAACACUGCUAUUUCACCGGCGCAUAAAUUAUCCGCUUUUAAUGAUAUCACAGUUCGAUUCAACACAUCAGAUACAAAUUUACCCAGCACUCCCAAAAAACUAAAAGACAGAGCACAAAACAAUGACGAAUCAGAUUUGUCAAAUGAUUCCAAUCGCUUCCCGAAUAAAAUGGAACUAGGAACAAUACAAGAAACAAAAACCAUCUCGGACUGCGAGAGAUCAGCUGACACGGCUUACGACGAAGAUAGCAGUAAGAAGAUAGACUCUGACCAUUCUCCAACUCUAAUAAUAGACAAGGAACGUCUGAUAUUUACCAAAAGAAAAAAUGAAAAUCUUGCUUCAAGCGAUGAUAGCACGUCGUCAAAGGGGCUGUUUAAAGAGACAAUAGUUAGUCAGUUUAUUGAUAAAGACAGUGUUAAACUGGAGAAAAAUUGUAACGUGUAGCUAGAUUAUCAAUAUAAUUUCGAGGGAACAAAGAUUUAGCACAAUUAUACGCUGUAGUAGAAAUAUAAAUAUUGUUAUGUUUAGAGAAGUUUGCCUGAACGAAAGAGUAUUUUUAAAUGAAUGAAGGAUCUGUGAUAGAAGUUAACAGUGCCAAUUUAAACGACGUGUAUAGUAUUUUUCUAAAAACGAAUUUAUGCGUAGCGUAAUUGUAACAUAUACUAAGUACUUUUUGGAUACAAACACAUCAUCACAUCAUACACAACGCAAAUCUAUAAGCAACCCACUAAACGCACUUCCUUCGCCCAACGCUUUUUCUCCUACAGAUGCCCUUUCAUCUUUAACCACUGUCUUAAAAACAAAAUAUUCACUAACAUUUCAGAAUUCACAUUACAUACAUUCACUAAAAAUCUUAAACAACAUCUCGUCAACCUGCCGUAUGCUGAUACUGAAAAUAUUUUUAUUGUGCAAAAUAGAUGAAUUAUAAAUUGUGUUAUGUAGAAAUUAUUGUCAAUUACAUACAGUUAACAAGACUGGCUGCCCACAACACAGGGAAUCCCAGUGCACUUUAAUUGUAUAAUCUCAAUACACAGCCAUUUAAAUUACACACAAUUAAAGAGAGCUAUCAUAGUUUACUUUAUCUCACAUAAUGUCAAAAUCUGAAUUAAUAAGUAUAUCUCCACGUGUAAUAACUGAACGUUACGGUAUGAACUUUCUUCAACAGAAAUCAACCCUUUUUGUCCAUUUAUUUUAUUUUACUGUCUAAAAGUUUUUUUUUUUAAUUUGUCGCGAGAAUUCUGAAGUUAGUACAGUAUCGCAUUCAACUACUAUUUUUGUUAAAAAUUAAAUACAUAUUUUCAUAAUUAGACAAUACGUAUGAAUAUAAAUAUCUAGCCUAAAAGACGAUAUACAAAUAUUACAAAUUUAUGAUUGCUUUAUAUAUUCUAAUAUAAUAUAUUUUAUGAAUUAUCAUAUUAUUAAACUCAUGGUCUGGUGUUUGAUUAUAAAUGGAAUGGAAUUCCAAUAUUUGCUCCAUUACUUCACGUUUAUGGAUUUAGGGGUUCGAGGAUGUCGAGCCGUGCCGAAAUUAACUUACCUACAUAAAAAUCGAUCAAGUUAAGGCACAUUUUUAGUUAUAGCACUAUAACAAAAGUCAAAUCUUAUUUAUUCAUGUAGGUGACACAAUGUACAGUUAUGAACG